AUGGCUGCCACAGGGGAUGCGCAGGCCUCCACAUCGGCAUACACUUUGGACAUCGCACACCCCCUCACCAGCAGACACAGCAGCGGUGUGUUCUGGGACACCGGGGAGUCGGUGCCAGAAGCCCAGGGUGUGGAGGACAGCCUGGGCCAGAUUGUUCUCCCCGAUUUCAUCCACCAUGUUGAAAGCACAGUAUCUCUCGACACAACAGACUGCCUGCAGCCUUAUAUAUCAAGAACUCUGCGCGAUCUGAAGAAUUUAGAUAGCUACCUUGAGAACCUGAAGGAGAGGGCAUCUCAAAGGCUUGGGGAGUUCAGGUAUGAACGGAAGUUGAUGUCCCAGAAGAGGUCCAACAUUGUGGCAGAGCUGCAGGAGGAAGUCGAGAGAUUGACCCUGGAGAACAGGGUCAUCAGGCACCAACAUGAUUGCCAUGGGGUUGGGACUGAGUGCAAUUUAAGUGCUACAGGUGCCCAGAAGUUUUUGGAGAGUUUGGCCCGCCUUGAGGCAGAAAAGAGGCGCCUUGUUGAGCAGGUCCACCAGAGGGAUGUCAUCAUCGGAGACCUGGAGCACGAGGUGGUAGAGGCAAGGCAGCAGGCUGCCAGUGCUAGCAACACUGCGCUCUUGCUUGAUGCCAAAGAUCAGCAAGUGCAACAGCUACAGGAUAGCCUGCUGGCAGAGAAACUGGCAGCAGCUGCCCUGGAACAGGAGAAGGCACAUGCGGAGCAGCAGGUCGUGGCCAUGCAGCAGCAUGUUCAGAGGCAGAAAGGGUGUGAGGUCGACAAGAGGAGGGGGUUGGAGAACGCCAAGGUGUUGGAGCAGUUGAAGGGCAGGCCAGACGGGCAGCCGGCAAGCCCAGAGCCAGAAGGGGAUGCCCAGGGUUCAGGCAGGGAGGGAGAGGCUGGUCCUGGCCCUGGCUUGGGCAUGAUGGCUGAGCUUGCUGAUUUGAGGAGGCAGCUUCAGAUCAAAGAUCAGCAACUGAAGGAAGCCUUGUUGGCCAAACACAAGCUCGAGGAGAGCUACAGGAGAGUGGCAGGUGACAAUGCAGCGAGUUGCAUCGAGGCGUACCGGUCACCAGUGAUGCAGGCCAAUGUCGCAAUGAAAGAAGAGGUGGAGCUGUUGAAGGAGAGGAUUGCUGCACUGGCAGCAAGGAAGCUUCUCAGCGGAAAGCAUCCAAGGGGCCAACCGGGAAGGGGACCAGCUGCUUUUGAAGAAUUGAAUGUGGCAUAUGAGGAAAUCGCUUGCCUUUAUGACAUUCGGGAUGAGAUCAUGAGCGAAUUGAAUGCCCUCCGUGAGGAGGUUUUCAGCCAGCAGUCAAUGAGAGGGAUGGUGAAACUCGUUCGAGACGGGGAACUUGCGUCAUGGCAGCAAGUGACCUAA